UUUGAGCUUAUGUAGAAUGGGUCAACUAACUCUUAGCGAAGUCAUGCAGUGCCUCAAGGAGGAGUUUUCAACAGACAAAUGGUCACGAGAAUCUGUAAAGGAAAUCCUUGAAAGCUACGAUCACACAGGAGGAGAUUGGAAACAAUAUUGCAAGUUUGACGACCACAAAUACUACAGAGUAGUUAUCGAUAUAGGAAACAACAGGUACAAUCUAGUGAUCCUGUGUUGGAACUGUGGACAAGGUACCCCCGUACACGAUCAUCCAACUGCUGAGUGCAUGUUUAAAGUUUGUGAGGGAUCCGUUUGUGAAACAAGAUAUUCGUUCCCAGAGUGCGGUAAAAAAGUUCACCUGGAGGUUUCCGAAGAAACUUCUCUAAACGAGGGAGAAGUUGGUCAUAUAAACGAUUACCAAGGGAUACACCGGAUGAGCAAUGACAGUGACACGGACACAUGUGUAACGUUACAUUGCUACUUUCCUCCGUACAAAACAGUAAACACGUAUGACGAAAGGACUGGAGACAAAACAGAGUUUAUCGUAAAGUGCGUGAUGGCUGAAGACUCAUCAUGUACACAGUAGAGAAAUAACAAUGUUCUCAACAACGCGCACGUGGACCUGCCAAAUUACUUGAACAACAGUAAUAACCAAUUAGUUAAUUACUAAUAACAGUUAUAAUAACCAAUUAGUUAAUUACUAAUAACAGUACUAACCAAUUA